AUGGAGAACUUAGAACAAGAAAUUUUAGAUACAUCAAGCUCUAAUAAUACCAAUAACAAAGAAGAAAUUGAAGGAAAUACAGAAAAUAUAAUAACUGUAAUUCCAAGAUCAAUAGUUGAUGGUAGCAAGCUUAUUUUACGUUUAAAAAAAGAUGAAAAAUUGAGUUACGAGUCUCCAACACGUAUUUUAUUCUCAAAUAAACAAUUGAAGUUAGAACGCUCAAUUUGGUGGCUUACUGAUGUAAUCUUAACUGAGGCGACUUUAAUUGUUUUGGACUCUUGUUCCUCUGGGAUGAAAUUUUUUCCGGUACCAAUGAAAAAAUUUGGUACAUUAUAUUCAAGAGAGGGAGUUGGACAUGUAAUUACGGGUGAUAUUAUUAGAAGCAGAGUAUGCAGUAGAAGUAUUCCAUAUAGAAAUUGCAAUAAAUUUGAAUAUGCACCAAGAAAUAUUGGUAAUUUGAGAUCUGUAAAUUUUUCAGAUGGUGAAGAAAAUGAGGAUAUUGAUAUUGUUUAUCUCAGAGGUGAUGAUAGUAUUAUCAGGUAUUCUUUACAACCAAAUGAACAAAUUGAACUUGGUGCAGGUACAGUAAUUGCUUGGACGUCUGGAGUUUCAUUCAAUUUUAAAUCCUUUUGUUGUAUGAAAUUUGUUACUUCUAUUGUUGGUGAUCCAUCCCAUGUAUCCACAGUCUGGAUUGCUAAUAGCGGAUCUAAGAUGCUCUAUCAACAUGGUUGA